GUUCGUUCAUUGCAGAUAGUCAUUGGUUGAUAAUGUUUAAACAAACUGUGCUAAUUUCCGUUAGCACAUUAUUGUUAAGAGUAUCAAGUAGCUUUGCCGAUCCGAGCCAUUCUGGAUCAGAACAAUGGACAUCUAAUGAAAAAAAUUCUUUAGAUCGGACGAAUAAUUUAAGCAGUAUUUUAAAUGGCGGUGGUUAUAAUAAUGAACAGUGUUUUGCAAAUACGGAAUUAUUAAAUCCUGUUAAUUUACCAUUGUUACCUAUAAUCUUCGCGCAGUCCGAGGAUUUGCCAAAUGGAAAAUGUAAAGAAGAUGCACAACGAUUUUUAAGGGAAUUGCAAAAUGGUACUUUAUGGGCUGUGCAAAUGUUUGAUUCUUCAUCGAAAUAUCCUGAUGGCGUAUUAUACGGCCAUACAAGACAUUUGGGUAAUUUUGAUGAAUGUUACAAUUUACAAAUUGAUGCCGGAGAAGUUGAAAAUAAAAUGGCUGGUAGAUAUUGUUUAGUCGAUCUUGAGUAUAAAAGGAAAGAUGCACCAAUUUCUUAUGAACCAACCAUGGAUUACAAUCCAAACGAAUCUUUUUGGGAAGCAAUAGAGGAACGAGGAAAUAUUCAUCGUGUUCGUCGUUAUUUGUUGCAACUAGCUAUAUGCGUACCAUCAUCAUGCAGUGCGAAAGAUAUAGAAACGGCUUUAAAAAGGCCUCUAGAAAAGAUCGGUGCAAAUAAGAAUAUUAAUAUAAAUACUGCCGUUCAGAUAAAUUAUUGUCAAACAAUUGAGGAAGCGCCUAAAUUUACUCUCCCUGCAAUAAUAUACUGUAUUGUACUGCUAAGUUUGCUGAUUAUAAUAUUUGUCAGUACUUUGUAUGAGACUGAAUUAAGUAGCGGAAACACAUCAACCGUUCGAAAUGCAUUACUUUGCUUCUCACUUCGAAGAAAUUUUAAAAGUGUUCUUCAGAUAAAUUAUUCGAAUCCAGGACUCGAUACCAUACACUUUAUACGAUUUUUCUUAGCACUUAUUGUAUUAAAUGGGCACCGUGUGAUACAAUAUUAUGCUAAUCCAACGGUUAAUGUCAUAGAUUUUGAAAGAUUAUUUGCUUUUCCACCAAUAGCAUUUUAUUUAAAUGGAAAAGUUGUGAUAGAUGUAUUUUUUGCUUUGGGUGCUCUUCUAGUCACAUAUCAUAUGUUAGGGGAUCUAGAUCGAAGGAAGCAACUCAAUUUUUUUAGUGAUGUUAUAACCAGAUAUUUUAGAUUAACACCGUCUUAUGCCGUAAUAAUUUUCUUUCAUGCUUGGAUUUUACCGCUUCUCGGUUCGGGACCUUUAUGGAAGCAUGAAAUCGUACAAGAAAGCACGGAAUGUUCCACUAAUUGGUGGGCAAAUUUAUUGUAUAUUAAUAAUUAUGUAAAACCAACAGAAAUGUGUAUGUUUCAAACGUGGUAUUUAUCCGUAGAUUUUCAAUUAUUUAUUCUUAGCCAAUUUGUAAUUUAUGCAUUUUGGUGUAUGCCUCGUAAAAUUGGAUAUUCUUUUCUUGGAAUAUUGACAAUUAUCAGCUGUGCUAUACCAUUCCUAAUAACAUAUUUAUACCGUGUACCGCCUGUUUUUGUAUUUACACUACGCGUGCAACACUUUAGCGAGGCACCAUUUUUUGCAUCAAAUUAUAUACAAACAUACAUGCGUUUUAUUGCAUAUCUUGUUGGUAUAACUGGGGGUGCAAUACUACAUGAUCAUAGAGGAAUAAAGCGUCAAAUAUCGACAUUCUGGUCGCAUGUAUUAGUUGUAAUAUUGCCUCUAACUAUGGCUGUCACAUUUCAAUUGUGGGCACAUAGAUUUUUUAUGCCACAUUUCGAAUGGUCAUCUUUAGAAGGUGGAUUUUGUUCAUUCUACCAGAAAUUAUUAUUUUCAAUUUGCAUUUGUUCUAUAAUAGUUGUAUUAUCCAUUGACAGCCGUUUAACAUUUUAUCAUAAAUUUUUGACGCCUAGUUGGGCCCAAAUAUUAGCAAAAUUAACUUAUGGAGUUUAUCUCGUGAGUGAUAUAUUUCACAUUUAUAACAAUGGACGAAGAAGAAACCCUAGAAUGUUUUCAAUUUAUGAUGUGAUAUGGGAUUCCAUUCCAGAUACAGUCUCUUCUUUCUUGAUUGCUUUAGUUCUUACAUUAUGCGUAGAGAUACCAUUUAGAAAAUUAUCACAAAUAUUUCUUCCCUCAAAAAAAGCUGUCACUAAAUAAGUAUUUAUAGUAUGUAAAAAAUUAUUUCCUAACA